UGUUCGGCGUCGGGUCGCGCGACAGACGAUUCUAUAAUAUGGAGUACAUGCGUGCCGCGCACUGUUUAGUGGUUCCUGCGGUCGUCCGUCGCUGCGGGAAUGUUCCUUUGUUGCUAACGAAUUCAGUGAUUGUGGUCGUACGGGUGAUGCCAAUUCAGUAAUCGCCUGCCAUCUUUAAUUGUCUGGUGAGCCAGUCGAGACGCCGGUUUGGCGUUAGGAAUUAUUGGAAUUCCACAGCGCCUGGCAUUUCGUUCCAUCCCCCAUCUUGUACGGAUCCUUGGGAGAUUCUAGGCUCCAUCUGAUCUCGCUGCAUUUUGUUCUUUUCCUCCAGUCCGAGGCGCAAUAGAUAAGUUCGUGUCUGUAGUUGCUACCAUUUCUCUACUCUCUACGUAUGUAAUUUAUUCGCGGGAAUAUUUAUUGAAAUGUUGGUACGGACGACAGAAAAACAAAGGGAGAAUCAGGGGUUGUUGGAUUGGAUUGUAGCCUGCGCCACCAUAUUUUAACUUCAAAUCCGUUGAGAUAUGCUUCUUUUUCGGGUCUCUUUGUUUCCUUCCUCCUUUUGCUGGAGCCACUGACUUUGAUGUCUCACCACCAUUUCUUCAUUGCAUUCCCUUUUCUCUCAACUUGAGGCAUCCUUGUGUACACAAGAUCUGCCUACGUGUUUCAGCUGAUCUAAGCCAGGCGCAACUGUGAAACAAUGGCGACAUCCAAGAAGGAUCCCCCCAAUCCUAGCAGAGGCAGGACGUCACCCAACCUCAUGUCGUCCAGCAGUGAGUCCUCUGGGCACGGAUAUGGUGCUAGGCGGGCUCGGUCUGUACCGAGUUCCGCGCACCGCAAAUUUGGCUCAUCGUCGCCGUCUGUGUCUGCCUCUGGCUCCACAGACGUGCAUCAUUCAUCAUUGUUCAACGCUGGUAGGUCCAUCUCAUCACGGACCAUGGGCUCUUCCAUCCAGGGCACCAAGGCCCAGCCAUUCCCAUCUGCAGCCUCAAAACCUACACUGGCAAAGGAGAAAUCCGACAAGGUCAGCACCACCUUGCAGCGGCCUCCAGUGCUUGCUGUGCCGGCAGCUAAGGCAUCGCCAUCCACCUUGCCGAGGAGUAAGCCAUCUCCAAGGCCUAGUUCUGACAGUUGCAAAGCGGCAGCAUCACUGAAACCUAGCAGUCAGAGGGUCAUGUUGCCAGGUGCUGCUCAAGGAGACAAAGUUCAGCCACUGUCUACCGCACAGUCACCUGGUGCAGCUGCAAGGAAGAGAUUGGAUACUGUUAAUGGUGCUACUACCAACUCAAAGGCUAAAAGUGUUUCUCAGAAGGCAAUGGGGGCAUCUUCAGCCAGGAAGGAGAAACAUAAGGACCCAUCAAUGCAGAUUAAGGGAACUGAGUGCAUAAACACCACCACGUCUAUAGAAGAGCACUUGCACAAGGAGCUCCCCGACCCAGUUGAUCUGAAAUCCAUGGAGAUGACUGUACCUGAUCAGCAUGAGCCAUCUUUCAAUGAACCAGAACAUGUACUCAAAGACGAUGAGAAAUCCGAGGGUCAUUUCUCUGAAGAGAAAGUAGAUGCAGGAGCUAAUGAGAUUCAUAAUGGAGGGCAAGAUGACAAUGGUGGUGUCAAGACUAUAUAUGAAUGUGGGAUUGUUGAGAAGAAGGCUGACCGGAGUGUGGAUAAGACAGUGCCGAAGACUGAAGUGGCUCAGGUAUGGAGGAAGGAUGAUCCAAAGGGCAAUGACGUGAUUGAGGAAACCAAAAGCAAGCUCCUGCUGGAGAGGAAGAGCCGGGUGAAGGCCUUGGUGGGGGCCUUUGAAACUGUAUUGUCGUUCAAGGAGUAGUCCUCAAUCUUGUCUUCUGGUCUCUUGUGCCCAUCUCAAUAUUGAGUAAUAUAUAUGAUGACUUCCUUGGCUCGUUGUACUCUAUAUCGUAUUUCCUUUUUCUGAAUCAUCGUUGCAUUCGAUGUGGAUUUGUCUAUUUGUUGCUCUUUAUUGAUGUAGAAUUAAAUUAAAUUCCGGUGCUUAUGGCGAGAACAUUUGGAUUCUGUGAGGAAUAUUCUUACUUGCAAUUUUUAAUA